AUGACACCCAAAGGGACUUCACAACCGGAUCCUCACCAGAUUAUCAACAACAAUGUGAUGGCCAAACGUUUCGAAAAAGCUUUCAAAGACCCUAACACAAGCCCAGUCACGUCAAGGAGUCAACCACGACAGUCUCGGAACGAUCCUAUUGCUAACCAAUUGCCUACAGUUUUCGAAGAACAGACACAAUCCGGACCGGACACCAUACCACGUCGAAACAUACAACUCACACAUGUCCUUGUAAAUAAUGGCUUUAGAACUGUGAAAAACCUAACAAUACGUCAAGGCAACGAUCAAGUGGAUCUGGGUAAAAGCUACAACGCUGAUAUAAGAAACAUGGCAUUAAACAAUCAGAGACGGGAGAUGCCAACGAACGGAAAGCAUGUCAAUUACAGCAGUAGGAAAUCAUUGGCUGAAAAAACGAAUUUAAAUGCCUUGGAAACUCCUGUGAAUACGGUAGUGUAUCCCGACUGGUAUAAUGUCAUAUUUAACAACUUGCCAUCAGCGCAAGCACAACCGUUAUUACAAAAUAUACAAAAUAAUUAUGUGGACAAAUUAAGCAUGAUACAGAAUAAAGAGUCCAAACAAACAACUGAUAAGAAUAUUGUACGCGGCCGCCAGGGAUUACCGACGAGUUCUUUUCACAACCAUAAGCCCUCCGUUAGCGUCAGCACGCCACCAGAAAACAGAAAUCCCCCGCCGAUGUUACUACUACUUGAUAAAAAUGUACUUCAGUCUAAAGGUAACGGUAUUUUAAAUUGGAUUCCUCUAUCACCGAACCAGCAAGUUGUUCAAGAACCCUCGACCAGUGUAAAGGAGGCAGAUCUACAUAUGUUUAAUACUACACCAUCGACUCCUCUAACUCAACAAGUACAGCGGGUCGGCGCGAGGGGAGAUACGGUUACAUUUAAUGUAAAGGUUGACAAUGAUCAAACGCUGUUAAACAGUCAACAACAUAAAAUGCUUCCGUCGUCCAAGCUUCCAGCCAACGCAGGAUCUAUAAAGAAAUCUGAACAAAUCCUGAAAUUGCCGCAAGUUGGUGUUGAUACCAAAGCAGCUGAUAUUCAACAGGUAUUCAGUCAUGUUAGUGGAGCUUCACCUCCUUCAACAGCACAACAGGAAAGUUCUAGUCUGCCUAGUAAUCUCGUUACCAACAUUAAUACCGCUCAUAGCGUCCCAGCAUCCAAAAGUCAAACUGAAAGUUUUCAAUCACCUUCAACGGUUGCCGAACGAAUACAGAGUGCACCAAAUCGGGGGUCGAUAUCGAUAGAACAAUCAGCAAGUAUUGCGCAACGACAAUCAACCAAUCACGUAGCUCAUGCUGCUAGGUCUCCGCCUGUUCAGAAGACAAUACAGAGACUUAAUCCAACGGGCAAACAGGUAACAGGUAACGUUGAAACGUCGUCAGGAACAGAAACGUUUCCGAGUAAAAUCAAUAGCAAUGUAUUUGAAAACCCGGCGUCAAUUCAUAUGCAAUCCCAAGUCAAAUCACAUUCACAUACGGCUCAAUCCCAAGCCAAAUUACAUCCACAUACGGGUCAAUCCCAAGCCAAAUCACAUCCCCAUACGGGUCAAUCCCAAGCCAAAUCCCAUCCCCAUACGGGUCAAUCCCAAGUCAAAUCCCAUCCACAUACGGGUCAAUCCCAAGCAAAAUCACAUCCCCAUACGGGUCAAUCCCAAGCCAAAUCCCAUCCACAUACGGGUCAAUAUCAAGCAAAAUCCCAUCCACAUACGGAUCAAUCCCAAGCCAAAUCCCAUCCAAAUACGGGUCAAUCCCAAGCCAAAUCCCAUCCAAAUACGGGUCAAUCCCAAGCAAAAUCACAUCCACAUACGGGUCAAUCCCAAGCCAAAUCACAUCCACAUACGGGUCAAUCCCAAGCCAAAUCCCAUUCCCAUACGGGUCAAUCCCAAGCCAAAUCACAUCCCCAUACCGGUCAAUCUCAAGCCAAAUCACAUCCACAUACGGGUCAAUCCCAGGCUAAAUCACAUCCACAAUCAGGUUUAGGAUUAACAACAUCACAACAACAACAUCUUCAAUUUAUAACGACGCCGUUUAUACGAUACGAUCCUUCAGGAAAACCAGUCACAUUCAAUGUGGAAAUGUCUUCAAUGACAAACACUUGGCCAAAUGAUCCAAAGCAGGUAUCUCCUCCUAGUGGUAAUGAAAGGCAAACAACAUCAGGAACCAACCCGUUUCUGAGUAAUACAAACAGUAAAGUGUUUGAGAGCCCGAUAUCACAGAAUAUGCAAUCCUCAGCGACGUCAGAUCCACGCACAAGUCAAUCUGGUAUGGGAAUAACUAGCACACGUGUAGACCCUUCGUCCGGAAAUCAACAUAAUCAACAUCAAACGGCAUCUAUACAACGUUACAGUCCGUCCGGAAAACCAGUCACAUUCUAUGUGGAAUUGUCUUCAAUGACAAACACUUGGCAAAAUGAUCCAAAGCAGGUAGCUCCUUCUAGUGGUAAUGAAAGGCAAAACACAUCAGGAACAAACCCAUUUCUGAGUAAUAGAAACAGUAAAGUGUUUGAGAGCCCGAUAUCACAGAAUAUGCAAUCGGGUAUGGGGAUAACUAGCACACGGGUAGACCCUUCGUCUACAAAUAGCAAACACUCAAUUGUCCCUUCGCCACUUGAUCGUGGAACAUUUGAGUCGAUGCCGUCAACCAUGCACGAACAACAGUCACAAGGAUUUAUAAAGCAACCGGCUACAGGCAUCAAUACUCAGAACGUCGAGACAAAAUCAGGAAAUCUCCCCAAUCAACCACAGCAGAACAAUCUAUACCAUGGAAAUACAAUUGCGAAAGGUCAUGCACAAUUUCCUAUGAUGCUAACUGAAAUGGCACUUCAAACUUUGAAAGCGGAUCCAUCACAUCACCAAAACCUUGGGAUUCCAAGUGAGCAUUCCGAGUACAUGAAUAUGCAAAAUGAAGUGCACCAUUCUGUUAUUCCAAAACAGCCAGUCCAAUAUCACAACCAUUUGCAAACACCACACUCAAGUAAUAAUAAUGUUGUAACAUCGAGUCACGCCGGUGGUAACACUAGUGAGAAAUUAGACACUCUCCAUACAAUAUUACACUUAAUAAUCGAUGAACUGAGGAAUACCGGUAUGACCUAUAAGAGUAAUAAAAGGAUGGUACAUACAAAUAAAAAAGCCAAAUCUGAAAAAGUGAAACUUAUAUUGAAAACUGACACAUUUAAUCAACAGCCACUAAGUGGAAAUAGUAAAACUGAGCAGCAUAGUAGUUUGAAUUCAAAUACGAUAACAGGAAAGCAAACACAACAUACGAUGUCAAAAAUAUCCAAUUUGAAAUCUACUCCACAUUUUGACUCAAAAUCAACUCAACACACACAUCCAGUACAAUCACAUAAUGAACAUACACUCGAUUCAUCAUGGCUACAUCCAAUGACAAUUCGGAAUAUACAAUCAAGAAGACCUAAACAUCGACAGCAACAAUUUCUGCAGCAAAACCAACAGCUGCUACAACAAAACCAGAAACAUUCGCAGCAGCAAAAACAACAGCAGUCACCAUCAACACAACCACAUAGUCAGCAACUUCUAAUGAGGCAGGAUCAUCAAAAUCAACAAAUUCAACAGCAACAAAGUCAACAACAAUCGCCAUCAACACAACCAGAUAAUCAAACACUAUUUUUGAAGCAGGAUCUACAAAAUCAACAAAUUCAGCAACACCAACAAAAACAACACCAACAAGUCCAACAUCAGCAAAAGCCACAACAACCACAAUCAACACAACCACAUAAUCAACAUCUUUUAUUGAAGCAGCAUCAACAAAAUCAACAACUUCAACAGCAACAAAGUCAACAACAAUCGCCAUCAACACAACCAGAUAAUCAAAAUCUUCUUUUGAAUCAGGAUCUACAAAAUCAACAAAUUCAGCAACACCAACAAAAACAACACCAACAAGUCCAACAGCAGCAAAAGCAACAACAACCACAAUCAACACAACCACAUAAUCAACAUCUUUUAUUGAAGCAGCAUCAACAAAAUCAACAACUUCAACAGCAACAAAUUCAACAACAAUCGCCAUCAACACAACCAGAUAAUCAAAAUCUUCUUUUGAAUCAGGAUCUACAAAAUCAACAAAUUCAGCAACACCAACAAAAACAACACCAACAAGUCCAACAGCAGCAAAAGCAACAACAACCACAAUCAACACAACCACAUAAUCAACAUCUUUUAUUGAAGCAGCAUCAACAAAAUCAACAACUUCAACAGCAACAAAUUCAACAACAAUCGCCAUCAACACAACCAGAUAAUCAAAAACUUCUUUUGAAUCAGGAUCUACAAAAUCAACAAAUUCAGCAACACCAACAAAAACAACACCAACAACAGCAUCAACAAAAUCAACAACUUCAACAGCAACAAAUUCAACAACAAUCGCCAUCAACACAACCAGAUAAUCAAAAACUUCUUUUGAAUCAGGAUUUACAAAAUCAACAAAUUCAGCAACACCAACAAAAACAACUUCAACAGCAACAAAUUCAACAACAAUCGCCAUCAACACAACCAGAUAAUCAAAAACUUCUUUUGAAGCAGGAUCAGAAAAACCAUCUACAGCAACGAAAACAACAGCUACCAAUUCAACAGCAUCUUAAUCAACAGCAACCACGCACAACAAAACCAGAUAAUCAACAACUAACACUGCAGCAAAAUCACCAACAGAAUCAAUUAUUUCAGCAGCAACAACAAAAACAACAGCAACAAAUGCAACAUCAACUGAAGCAACAACGACCACCUUCAACACAACCACUAACUCAGCAAAUACUACUGCAGCAAAAUCAUCAGUACAGUACAUUAUUUCAGCAGCGACAACAGCCGCCAUCAACACAACAACCUACAUUGAAGGGUCAUCAAAAGAAUCAUAUUAUUCAGCAGCAACAGCAAACGCAAAAAAAUACGCCAUCAACACAACCACAUAAUACACACUUUUUAAUGCGACAAAUACAACAUCAGCAACAACUUCAACAGCAGCAGAACCAACAACAGUCAUCAAUACAGUCAGACAAUCAACAUAAUCUAUUGAAUCAGCAUCAACAGAAUCAGCAAACGCAGCAGAAGCAGCAAUCAUCACAAAAUAACUCGCCAUCAGCCCAGCAACAUAAUCAAAAUAUGUUACCACUGCAGAAUCAUCAACAGAAUCAAUUAUUUCAGCAGCAACAACAAGCACAAAAACAGCAACAAUUUCAACAGCUUAGGCAACACAAACAACCACCAUCUACACAUCCACAUCAUCAACUACCACAGCAACAUCAAUUACAUCAACAGGAACACAUUUUUUUGCAUCAAGAGACGAAGCAUGAAAAACAACAAAAAACAAAACAACAACCAUUUCAGCAAAACGAAGUAUUCAAUCAACAACAGGUACAAAAUUCACAACAGACUCAACAACACAGAGGUCAACAUAAUGGGCAAUAUAAACAACAGAUACAAUUUAAUCAUCGUGUAGAAAUAAAUCUACCUCAGCAGUAGAAGUAACAGCAAUACCAUGUCAAUCAAUCGCACCAACAACACCGGCAAGUGUUGUCGCCCAGUGAACAGAUGUUGACACAACAUAACAAACAACUGGCAGCAGGAAUCCAAACAACAGCAAAUCUCCUUCUGUAACGGAAUUAACAUCCCAUGUUUCAACUUGUGCUCACGGCAAUCUACAGUGUAGUACUAGAGAUGCAAGGCAAUAUUGGCAAUAUUGGCAAUAUUACAUACGGGCAUUAAUCACACAACAUAGCUGUUAUACUAAAUUGAUUCAGCAGAUGGAAUGGAUUUAUCUAAUAACUGCAAUAGGUUUCAUCAUUUCAGCCCGUUCGUUGUUAUUUCGCUUAUUUCAUAGUGUAACUAAAUAUCACGCCCCGUGUUAGCACAAAACGUUUUGGGCGUUCGACGUCACGCCUGACAUCGAUUUUCUUUCUGAUCAGAGAUUUUAAACCAUCUAUAGAUUUACUUAAAUAUUUAGUUCAUGUGAUGAACUAGAUAUCUUUCUCGUGAGUGUCCACUACUAUAAAUAUCCAGUCGGUUGCGUUUACGUACUUCAUGUGCACCCCUAGAACAUGUGUUGACAGACUUAUCAAUUUUAUCAUUUACAAAUUUGCGUUGACGUUCGUCAUGCCAUGCGGAUAACGAAAUUAAGCAUAACCACUGGAAUUUGGAGGAUAAAAAUAAAUUACCUGCUCAACAUUCUGAGAGAGUGAACUUAAUUUUGAACUUACCAUUGCUCGUGGGUUUCUCCAUAUGUAUUCAUAUUUCAUACCUAUGAACAUAUCACAAUGUCCGUGAUAAAUUUCAAAUGCUGAUAAAAGUUAACUUGCAACACAGGAUUUUGCUAGACCUUGAUUGCAAAAUAGUAAGACACGAUUCGAUUAUAUUGAGAAAUAUUUUAUUUCUUUGUACGAAGUGAAUGUUUUUGAUUUAUAUAUUAUUUUUUGCUGUA